AUGGAGCGUGCACUCUGGAGCCGCAUCGAUGUCGCGCAGCUGGACCGGGCUCUGCCUCCUUCGCUGCCCCGGCCGUGGCUCAACGAGACAGGCGACUUAGGAGCCGCCAAGUGUGCUGAUCAGGAAGCUUACGAGGUCGCUUGCAUGGAGCUCGCCGCCUUCCUCGCGUGGCUCAUUGCGCAGGCGCGCGCUCGCCGUGCCACGGAGGUCUUGGCCGACAUGAAGAGCAGGCGCGGCUUGCUGGCAGAGGUGGCGACUUCCUGGAUGCGACUUCCCGACGACGCAAAGAUGGACUGGAUACCUUCGGACCAUCAUGCCUUCCUCGCCGAUGUGCUCACCUCGAGCCCUCUGCAGGAGAGCUGGCUGCCCAAGCGGCGACUGCGCCGCAAAACCUGCAACAGCCAGGUCUUGGCGCCGGCGAUGCCCUCCAAGGACGAUGAUGUUCUGGGCAGAGCUUGA